GUAAUGUUUUUCUUAGUGAGGAUAAAUCCUGGUUUGCAGUCUAUGAGUCAGUCACCAAUGUUUCCAGAAGGAAAUGAGGAUAAAAGGACAAGAGAACCAACACACAAAUUACCAAGGCACACUUCACAUCAAAGUGAAUCAGAUGAGAAACAACGUGGGAAUUACAGCAAGAGUGUAUCUGAUGAUUUUCAGCUUGUUAUUCCUCAAACAGCUCAAGAAGCACAGAUUUCUAUUGGGUCUGAAAUCAUUGUUCCUUGUCACUUGACUCCUGAAAUCUGUGCCAUUGCCGUGCAGAUCAAAUGGUUUAAGGAGACAGACUGUGUUUGCAUCUUCAAGAAAGGACAUGUGAUUGAGGGGAGGAGCUACAAAGACCGAGCAAGUCUCGACACUCAUGAAUUGGAGAGAGGAAAUGUGUCCUUACAUCUAAGUAACUUCAGUGUCUCAGAUGUUGGUGAUUACUAUUGUCAGGUCAUCAGUGGAGACAGAACACAACAGAUUACAGUAGGAGUGAGGAUAAAACCUGAAGUCCAACCUGCAAGUCAGUCACCAACAUUUCAAGGCCAAUCUAUUCAGCUAAUGCUGUUUGAGAUAGAUAAAAUAUGGACUGAAGUGGAGACCGGCAAAAUGCAUGAAUCUGCUUUAAUGUCAGAAAUGAAAGUGAACAGUGUGCAGGAGCUUCAUCAAAUGAUGAUCAGGGCUUACAGAGAAGGUUGUCUCAAUUGGAGUUGAGAGAGACCAGAAUGGACUUGAACAGAGUCUUAAGACUCAACCCUCAGUCUCAGUUGUUGGACAGAGACAAAUAAAAAUCCCUUUAGCUACCUAUAACAUACAAAUGUCAGGUUGAUGCCUAAUGCCUUAUCUUAAUUUCAUAAGAUGUAUUGCAAUCUAUAUUUUAGAAUUUUUUUUAUCUCCAAAAUUACCUAUACAUUAACCCUUUGGACAUUUUUGUUCUUUUCAGUUUUUUUUUUUAUUUUUUAUUUUUUUAUCAUUUUGCCUGUCUUAUUGCCAACUGCAUAAAUUUUGGCACAGGAGUGUGUUUUAAUGGGAAUUUUACUAUAUUGCUUUCAUUUCCUAUAAUAAAUCUGUUUUGCACUUGGUACACAAAAUAGUUCCUCUCAGGACCUUAAGGACAAAAUGUCCCCAUUCAAACCCAUUAAAACUGCUAUUUUUAAUCGCAGUGCCAUUUAACUGUAAAAUGAUGCAAUUUUUGUUAAUAGACUUUCAUUCUGUUGCCAAGGCUUUAAAAUUUAAUAAACUUUUUUUUACCA